GUGCCAGUCGUGUCUGCUCAUCACUCGUGUUACUGGUGGGUGAGACCGGAAGUAAACAUCAUGUGACGUUGAAAAUCAGCUGAUCCAGCGUAGACGUCUUUAGUCACGACUACAACGAUUAAUCCAUACAUUCCUGGCUGUAUUUCACUGGAAACAAGAUACUAGACUGCUGCAACCAUGGCGCUCAGCGAUGCCGACGUUCAGAAGCAGAUCAAACACAUGAUGGCCUUCAUUGAGCAGGAGGCCAAUGAGAAGGCAGAAGAAAUUGAUGCCAAGGCGGAAGAGGAGUUCAACAUCGAGAAGGGCCGUCUGGUGCAGACCCAGAGGUUGAAGAUCAUGGAGUAUUACGAGAAGAAAGAGAAGCAGAUCGAGCAGCAGAAGAAAAUUCAAAUGUCUAACCUGAUGAACCAGGCUCGUCUGAAGGUAUUAAAGGCUCGUGAUGACAUGAUUUCAGAAAUGUUGAGCGAGGCGCGUCAACGGCUGGCCAACGUGGCCAAGGACCCAGCCAGGUACCCAGCACUGAUGGAUGGGCUGGUUCUGCAGGGUUUCUAUCAGCUUCUUGAGACCAAAGUGACCAUCCGCUGUCGUAAACAGGACCUGCAGGUGCUUCAGGCGGCUAUCCAGAAGACUAUUCCCAGCUAUAAAGCAGCAGUGAAAAACAAUAUUGAGGUUCGCAUCGACCAGGACAACUUCCUGUCCCCAGACAUUUCUGGAGGUAUUGAAAUUUACAACGCUGAUGGGAAGAUCAAGGUGUCCAACACCCUAGAGAGCAGACUGGACCUCAUGGCUCAGCAGAUGAUGCCUGAGAUUCGAGUGGCUCUCUUUGGUCAGAACCAGAACCGCAAGUUUUUGGACUGAGUGUCUCCACCCAUUGUCUUGAAGAGGAGUUAUUUAUUUAUGUUGUGAAAAUUACCAUUGCUGUGUCUGUGAGAAGAAUUCAAAAAACACAGUUAAAAAAGAAAAGACACCAUUUUGUUGUUUUGUCAUGUAUUUCUGUGCAUCUUGGAACAGUAUAAAAGUUGAACUUCAUUGCAGAUGUGAGUAGGAGGAGCAACUUUUGCACAGUGGUAAUGGAUCUACUGUUCCCCUUGGGAUCUUGGUUUACACACCGCAGUCAUCUUUAUUAUAAUUGGCUGGACAGUAAUCAUUUCAGUCUGCUUGGAUCAGGCUGCAUGAGAGAAAUAGAGUACCACAGUAUGAGUCGUAAUUCCCAUAAAACCUAGCAGUCAAACAAGGAAAUGGUUCCAAUGGUUUUUUCACAAUACAUUUUUCCCAUAGGGGAUUUUUAGAAACACUCAAUAAGGGCUGUGUUUCAUGUAGUCUUACCUUGGCGUGACAUUUUGAUAACUGUGUAAAUGUCUCUAGGACAAGGUGACUUGUAUUAACCUAAAAAAAAUGAAAUUCUAAUGUGGCUAUAAUAAAGAACUACAAAUGCCAUGAUGAUCGGGACGAGACUGCCGAAUCUAGGCAAAUGUAAGAAUCUCGGAUUUGAGAGUAAAUAGAGCUGAAUAUAUUGAUAAAUCACCUUGUCCCAGAAAUGUACAUGUUUAACAAAACGUCAACCCCAUGGUAAGCCUACACAAAAUACAGCCCUUAUUGUAGGUCAUUUUAGAAACACUUAAGGGGAAAACAUGGUGGGGAAAUUAUUGGAACCAUUUCAUUGUUUGACCGUUAGGUUUUAUGGGUAUUAUGACAGCUCCACUGUGGGAGUCUAUUGUAGCCAAUGCAUCUUGUAUCGGUUCCUUAUUUCAUCUAAUAACAUCUUCCUCUCGUGAAAAAAUAUAAUAAAACAUUGCAUAGAGCAUUGACUCACCCAUCGCUAUUUGCUCCUUUCUAUCACAAUUGAAAUGAAGUGAUGCUGGAAAAACAUUGAAGACCAACUAUGUCCUUGUUGAAUCCAAUUAAGUUAUUGAUAUGUCUUUGCUGUUGUAUCAUGACACAAGGAAGGGUCAAAAUUUAAGAGGUUAUUGUGAAAAUGUUAAAGAUUAAAUCGAUAGUAUCA